AUGUCUUCGCGUCAACCCGCGCGCCCGCGUCGCAUCGAAGAUGCCCUUUCUCAACUUGUUGAUUCCCUAACUCCACCUAUUUCCCUCUCAGAGAUCGGCGAUACAGUCUCCGAAGACGCAGACGAGCUACUUGCUGAAGCAGAAGAACGCCGACACCACGAGAACCUCGAACGUGCAUGGCGCAUCAUCGACACAUACACCAGCUCUGGAAAUGACCAUGCCUCGCCAGCUGACGGCCCGGGCCUGGGCAUCAGUCGCAGAGGUAGUUUAGCAGGAGGGGAGAACAUCAAUAACGCGUCGGACCUUAUCAAGCGGAAGCUUCUCCGGGAGAAUGCGAGCCCCGACAAAGCUGUGCGGUUCUCAAACUUGUAUUCGCGCUUGCUGACGCAGCCGGUUCUGUCGCAGAAAUGGGCGAUCCUGUACUUGCUAUAUCGGUUGUCGGGCUCGGAUCCCCAGCUCGAGACUGCGGAUGAGAAUGGGAGGAGUCGGAGUCCGCUUAUGGAUGCGGGGAAUCUGCAGAAUAUGAUGUUGAAAAGUGGUCAUCAGAGAGUAAGGCAUGGCCAGGGCCCAAGAUUGGAGGGGGAUUCGGACGAGGACGGCCCGGCUGUCAGUUCUUCUGCUUCGCAGAUUCCAGCGAAGAUGGAGCGGAAGGCCUCCGUGCGGCGGCAGGAGUGGGAGAAGGAAAAGGAUAUCGACCAGGAACACGGCCAUGUCACAGCUGACAGAGUUAAAGGAGGUCGAAUGGCUCGCGGCGCACACGAUGCUGCGCCUAAAGAUAGCCGCCCUGUGGACGAUCAGAAGGCAUCGUUUCAAACCCAGUCAUUUUCAGAUAACUUCGAAAAGCGGCCUCAUGAGAGCGGACUUUUACGUGAUUUACCGUACAACUUGCAAGGAUUGUCGUCUUCAAAUUUGGAAUUCUCGUCAUCUUCUGUUCUAAAACUACCACCGACUCUUCCCAUACCCGUCUUAUCUCUCCUGAACACCUUGGCUGAGCCGUGUCUGCUAUACAAAGGUCUGUCGAAAUAUGUGGAGGAUUCUGGAAGCGGCUUGCUCACCCAGAGCUUGCGGGCUGCUCUUUCAAACGAGCUCCGUUCCUACCUGGGUCUUGUAGCAACCUUGGAAGGGGAGAUUCGAAGGGCGCUGGCCGCUAGCGGAGAUCCCUAUCAGUCCAAGGAAUCGUCCAAGGGGUUGGUAACGUUGAAGCGUUGUGUAGUAUGGACAAGAGACGCGACAAUGGCGUUACGGUUGAUGAGUUUGAUAGUUGAGGAGGCUCGGAGCAAAAAGGGUGGUCAAUUGAUAUCCUUGAUUCACGGGUUCUCGACAUCUCACGGCGACCCUUUUGUUAGUACCUUUGCGGAGAAGCUGCUCUCGCACGUUACACGCCCGUUUUACGAUAUGCUGCGACUGUGGAUCUAUGAUGGUGAGCUUUCAGAUCCGUACCAGGAGUUUUUUGUCGUGGAACCAGAAUUCAGACCGAACACGGAUCCACGACGCCUUGCGACCAGUGUCUGGGAAGACAAAUAUAAACUGGAUGACGAGAUGGUACCGUCAAUCAUCACGCAGGACUUUGCGAAGAAAGUGUUUCUUAUCGGCAAAUCGUUGAAUUUCAUCAGAUACGGAUGCGGGGACUCUGGAUGGGUUGAGGCAUACUCUAAAGAAGCGUCCAAAGAAUUGCACUAUGGUGAUACGGCUAGCCUCGAGGCAUCAAUCGAUGAAGCCUACAAAACAACUAUGGCGCGACUCAUCUAUCUCAUGGACGAAAAGUUCAAGCUGUUCGACCACUUGCAUGCGCUCAAGAAGUAUCUGCUACUGGGCCAGGGCGACUUCAUCGCCUUGCUCAUGGAAUCUCUGGCAUCGAACCUCGAUCGGCCUGCCAAUUCACAAUAUAGGCAUACUCUCACCGCGCAGCUGGAGCAUGCCAUUCGUGCUUCCAACGCGCAAUACGACCCGCCCGACGUACUCCGCCGUUUGGAUGCCCGUAUGCUGGAGCUCAGUCACGGCGAGAUAGGAUGGGACUGCUUUACUCUCGAAUACAAGAUAGAUGCCCCUGUUGACGUUGUUAUCACGCCCUGGGGCUCGACUCAAUAUCUGAAGGUGUUCAAUUUCCUGUGGCGAGUUAAGCGCGUCGAAUUUGCCCUGGGCAGCACUUGGCGGCGAUGUAUGACUGGCGCUCGCGGAGUCUUAGGAAGCGUCAGCGACAAAGUUGGAGCUGACUGGAAACGGGCAAGGUGCGUCAUCGCAGAAAUGAUUCAUUUUGUUUGCCAGCUCCAGUACUACAUCCUCUUUGAAGUCAUUGAGGCCAGUUGGGAUCAAUUGCAGGCAGCCAUAUCCAAGCCAGGGUGUACGCUUGACGAUUUGAUUGAAGCACAUACCAAAUAUCUCAACUCUAUCACGCACAAGGGUCUGUUAGGCUCGACAUCAUCCCGCACCGCAUCCGGUCACAAACAAGAAGAGGGCUUCUUGACCCAGCUCCAUCAAAUAUUGAAGAUCAUGCUGGCGUACAAGGAUGCCGUUGAUGGACUCUAUUCGUUCUCGGUGGCAGAAUUUACCCGAAGACAAGAGCUCAGUGCUAAAAUAGAAACGCGCACUGCUCAGGGGCGCUGGGGCAUUACUGAGCGCGAUCUCCUAUCUUCCCGGCAUCCACAAGGGCAUAAGAACUCAUUAUCGUCAUUCCCCCCAUCACUGGCCCAAACUCCAACUGUCGGAGUCGAUGGCAAUGGGUUCGAUACCCCGUCAUCCCUCGCCGGCCAAGAGCUUUCUGCAGACGACCACAUGCUGGCGUCACUUCGCACACGCCUGCGCGAGCUCUCUGCGGAGUUCCGCUCCAGACUGAACGUACUACUGGGCGACCUAGCCUACCAACCUGAUGUCGACAUGCGCUUCCUUGGAGUCGUCAUGAACUUCAACGAUGUCUAUGAACCAGUCCGGAGAAGGAGGACAGCAACGACCAGCACCAAGGACAAGGAGCGGGCAAGACGAAAGGCUGCAGCAUCUACCGCGCCUGGAGGCAGUGGCGAGGCCGGGACCCAAAAGGAUGCCAGAAGGGAAAGGAAGGACACCUCAGGAGCUGAGCAUAGCGGUAAUGGAAGUGGAACUGGGCCAUGA